CCCCCCCAACCACCCAACUAUAUCUCGACGGCCCAGUGUGUCGGCCGUCAGUCACUCGUUGUAUACUUCUAGACUCUCUUCCAUCUCCUUGGCUAUCGAUUCUCCUGCGGGCAGUUGAUAUCAACGAGACUACUUAUUAGAACCAACUACUUCACCACAUUCAACUCUCGUUACACAACCAUCUCACAUCAUGAAGCUUUCCGCUACUACCCUGGCCGGGGCCUCGCUCCUGCUGGGCCGCGCCAUUGCCGCCGAUCUGCCCGCCAUCGAGGCCAAGAGCAACAAGUUCUUCUACUCCAACAACGGCACCCAAUUUUUCAUCCGUGGUGUUGCCUAUCAGCAGGACUACACUGCCACCAACGGCUCCUCUUCGACCACCACGGACUACACUGAUCCCCUGGCCGAUGCCACCACCUGCAAGCGGGACAUCCCCUACCUUCAGCAACUGCGCACCAACGUGAUCCGUACCUACGCUGUGGACCCGACCAAGGACCACACCGAGUGUAUGCAGGCGCUGCAGGAUGCGGGCAUCUACCUCAUCACCGAUCUGUCGACCCCCUCGACCUCCAUCAACCGGGACGACCCCCAAUGGAACACUGAACUGUACGACCGUUACACCAGCGUUAUCGAUGCCUUUGCCAACUACACCAACGUCAUCGGUUUCUUCGCGGGUAACGAGGUCGCCAACAGCCAGAACAACACCAACUCCAUUGCCUACGUCAAGGCCGCCGUGCGCGACAUGAAGGCCUACAUCAAGGCUAAGAACUACCGUACUUCCCUGGGUGUCGGUUAUGCCACCGACGAUGACUCCACCAUCCGUGACGACCUGAAGAGCUACCUUGCCUGCAGCGACUCGGCCGACAGCAUCGACUUCUUCGGUUACAAUAUCUACGAGUGGUGCGGUGACUCUUCCUUCAAGACCUCUGGCUACCAGGCUCGUACCGAGGAGUUCAAGGACUACCCCGUGCCCGCGUUCUUCUCCGAGUAUGGCUGCAACAACCCCUCUCCCCGUACCUUCACCGAUGUCCCCGUCCUCUUCGGUGACCAGAUGAACGACGUCUGGAGCGGCGGUAUCGUCUACAUGUACUUCCAGGAGGACAACGACUACGGCUUGGUUUCGGUGGACGGCACAAGCGUCAGCACCCUCAAGGACUUCUCCAACCUGUCUUCCCAGAUGCAGAAGGUCACCGCCACCGGUGUGAACAGCAACAGCUGGUCCGCCAGCAACACCGCCACCCCCACGUGCCCCAGUGUCGGCUCCGCCUGGGAGGCCAGCAGCACCCUGCCCCCGUCCCCCAACGAGGAGCUCUGCAGCUGCAUGGAGGCUUCUCUGUCCUGCGUGGUCAAGGACUCGGUCAAGGAGAGCAAGUACGGCGACCUGUUUGACUACAUUUGCGCCAAGGGUGACUACUGCGAUGGCAUGUCGAGCAACUCCACCACCGGCUCCUACGGCUCGUACAGUGUGUGCUCCACCAAGCAGCAGCUCAGCUUCGUCAUGAACCAGUACUACGAGAAGCAGAGCGCCAAGGCCAGCGCCUGUGACUUCAGCGGUGACGGCACUACCACCUCGUCCAGCGCUGCCACUGGUACUUGCUCUGCUCUGCUCAAGGAGGCCGGUACCGCGGGCACUGGCAGCGUGACCUCUUCCCCUACUGGUGGCUCGGUUGCCAGCGCCAGCUCUAGCUCCUCUCAGGGUGCUGCUGCUGGCGUUGCUGGCCCUAGUGCCGUCCGGGUUGGCAACUGGCAGCUGGGUGCGUACGCCGUGACCGCCGUUGGCGCUGCUCUUGGCAUGAUCCUGCUGUAAGGACUUGGCGUGGAGAGAUGGAGGGAUUGGAUUGUUAGCCGUACAUAAUUGAAUCCGUUCUACUUUGUGA